AUGGGAGUCUCCUGUCGCGAGAUGGUCGAAACAUCCAAUAUGCACUUUAAGAGGGACGCGUAUCCGAUGCUUUCGGUCAUCAGCUAUGGCGUUGACGACAACAACAACCCCAAAAAGGUGUACAACCAUCUUCUCAGCGAAAUACGCGUCGCAAAAGAUGUCCAAUUCAGCCUUGCUGGGAUCAAAUGCGCUCUUGAAACUGCCCGAGCAACUGUCGGUCCGAAGAAAUGCUUGUGGGUCCAAUCGGACGGAGCCGAAUCUCAAUUCUGGUCGAAAGAGAUGUUCCAUUGCCUCCCACGGUUCAUGAAUAACCUCCCUGCCCACGAUUACGACUCUAUUGUAUGGUUCAAAACAGUGUCCGGGCACGGAAAAGGGGAGAUCGACUCCUCCCACGGAUGCGUCAAACAAGAUAUUGUCCGACAAUACAAUCAUCUUGGUGGCUGUGGAUUCGAUGGAGAGCGAUUGGAGAACAUUGGAGUUGUUGAUUCUGCAUCACAGCUCGUAAAUUUUCUUCAAAAUGAAAGAAAAGAUCAUUUUGGAACCCUGGAACACAAAAAAGAAGACAGUCUCGGCUACACUUUAGUUGGACGAUACGUUUCCGAAUACGUUGUUGACCCGAACUUUGAUAAACAAUCAGAAAAAAUCUCUGGAUCGAGAUCCUAUCAUCUGGUGAAGCUCAUCAAAGACGAGAACAAUCAAUGGGAAGAGCGAAAGCUUCUUUUCAAAAAAGGCCGACUACCGAUCACUGUCCAAGAAUUUUGA